AUGUUAAACCCGUACGGAUCUAACCAAUUUCUUGGUAGGAUUGAACCAAGGUAUCCGUCUAACCAAUUUCAUGGUAGGAUUGAACCAAGAUAUCCGUCCAACCAAUAUCAGGGUAUGAUUGAACCAAGAUAUCCGUCUAACCAAUUUCAUGGUAGGAUUGAACCAAGAUAUCCGUCCAACCAAUAUCAGGGUAUGAUUGAACCAAGGUAUCCGCCCAACCCAUUUCUUGGUAGGAUUGAUACGCAAUAUUCAUUCAAUCAGUUUCAUUAUGAGACUAGUACAAAAUACCCGUUCAAUCGAUUUCGUGAUGAGACUAGUACAAAAUAUCCGCUCAAUCAACUUCGUGAUAAGACUAGUACAAAAGAUCCGUUCAAUCAAUUUAUUGAUAAUACUGAUACAAAUGAUUCGCCCUACCAACUUAUUGAUAAGACUGAUACAAACGAUCCGCCCUACCAACUUAUUGAUAAGACUGACACAAACGAUCCGCCCUACCAACUUAUUCCUAAGACUGAUACAAAUGAUUCGUCCAACGAAUUUGAUUAUCCUUCUAUUUCCAAGGAAGAUUCGUAUGAAGAAUCAACAAAAAGAGAUGAAUUUAAUACAGAGUCAUAUAUAGGAGUUCAUGCUGAAUAUGGAAUCAAUAGUAGUUCCACUGAAUCAACAUCUACCAAUUCACAACCAUCAUCGACUGCAGAACGUGUAGUUCUUUUUUUAUCCAUCUUCACUCUGAUAUUUUCUUGUGGCUGUUGGUGUUGUUAUUGGACUUUGGCGCAGCGUAAAAAACGUUACCAUCGUGUAAUCUUGAAUUUUCUAUUUACUUAUUCUCAGAGAAAACCUCGAGUCAUUGCUCGUCUCUAUAUUCUUGAAAGUUCAGUUACACGUACAUUAACAACACGUACAAAUGAUGGACAAUCACAAUCAUUUGAUCAAUCUUGUGCAAUAUUAGUACAAGAUACUAAUUUAAUUUAUCAACAAGAAAGACAAUUUUUUGAAGAGCGUGAUAUUUAUCAAAAGAAAAUCCUUGAAUCAGAACAAUCUUUUCAAGAAAUUCGUGAUCAAUAUACAUCAUUGGAAUCUUCUUCUGAACACAAACAAAAGUUUAAUGAUGGUUUAAAAACAUUGUGUAAACAACGACAAGCGGAAUUAGAAUAUUCAAAAAAUACGAUAGCUUAUCAACAGCAAUAA